UGGUAACCUACAUUCCCCCAAAUUGCCCCUUGCCUGGUUUAUGUGUGGUCGUUUCUCCUCCAAAAAAAAAAGAAAAAAAACGCAGGUGCAUGCAUGCAUUCCUGCACAGAUUUUCUGAUAUUAUUUGGACUUCAUGAUGUAAAAUGGAGACAGCCCAGGACCAGAUGUCUGAUUCCAUCACAGAUGGAGGUGUGUGAGACAAACCUGAGUGCCUCCGGCCCUCAAGAGUCACGCUUUUCUCUGUUCCCCUGUUCUCAAACAAAUCAUUUGCACCCGAGAGUCGUCCGUGCUCUUUUUUUCUUCCUGAAACGCACUCGUCUUUGUGCAAGUCUCAAAUGCAGAUUGUGACGCCGCCGCAGACGGCCUCAUCAGGAAGACGCUCCGCUGCAUCAGAAAAAAGAGGAAGUUUAUGUUUUUAUUGCCACAUCUAUUCGUUUACGCUGUUUUCCCUCUGAAAUAAUGGUUUGAAACGGAACACAGCGCUCUGAAGGAUGUCACAACAUCCCCUUUAGACCUGAACGCAGCCUUAAACGGCUUUUUGGUGGUGGAGUCGACGUCUGGGAAGGAAAUCCGGUUUGCAGAGGAUUCUACAUUUCUUGAUCUCAGUGCGCUUGAGGCCUGCGGAGAAGAACCAUCGUUCUGAGGAGAAAGCAUGGAGGCUGAUCCGUUUGACAAUCCCACGUGCAAAACAACUGAAGAUGUAGAGUCUUUUCAGGGGGAGAAAAGGAAAAUUAUUCAGCCAACGUCUCUAAAGGAUCCCAAACUAGAGAAGCUUAAAGAGGCAUUGGUUGAUUGGAUCAAUAGGACUUUGAAACCAGAGCACAUAGUGGUUCAGAGCCUGGAAGAGGAUCUGUAUGAUGGAUUGGUCCUUCAUCACCUGCUGUCCAGCUUGGCAGGCGUGCACUUGGGAGUGGAUGAGAUUGCCCUCACCACCUCUGCUCAGAUCCAAAAGCUGGAAGUGAUCCUGGAGGAGCUGAACAAGAGGCUGGGUCUGCAGGACAGCAGUGUGAUCAAAUGGAAUGUCAAACUCAUCCACAACAAAGACCUCCUGGCCACAAUUCAUCUGCUGGUUGCCAUGGUGAAGCACUUCCAGGCCGAACUAAAUCUGCCGCUGAACGUGAAGGUUGAAGUCGUGGUUGUGGAAGUCAGUCGAAGUGGCAUCAAAUCAGAAGUGCAGACGGAGGUCCUAACAGAAGACAGCGGUGCAGGCUCAGACUCCACUUCUGAGAAGGAAGAUCCCAUCGAGCAACUGCUGAAGCUUGAGGCUCACAAGGUCAACACGGUGAAGAAGGCCAUCUUACAUUUUGUCAACCAGUACAUGUCAACCAUUGGUCUGCAGGUGGCUGAUGUGGACAAACAGUUUGCUGACGGCGUGAUGCUGCUGCUGCUAAUCGGUCAGCUGGAGGGCUUCUUCAUCCCGCUGUUUGACUUCAACCUGACCCCUGUUAAUGAGUCUGAGAUGCUUCAUAAUGUGACCUUGGCUUUGGAUCUCCUGAAUGACAUUGGCUUGAAGUUGCCAAAUAUUGACCCACAAGAUAUUGUCUCUCAGGAUGUUGCUGCUACCUUGAAGGUCCUCUACGCCCUGUUCAAGAAGCACAGCAGUAAAUGAGAGGCGGGGUCAUGUGAGGAGCAGCAAACGCACAUAAACAACGCUCAGUGGUGUUUGGCAAAAUCCCAACUAUGCCACAAGUGUAAAGAGCAAAUGGGUUUCAUGUAAACCACAUCUUAGUUUAAUAGUGUAAAAGCAAUUAUAUGAAGACAUUAGAAGUAAUGCUGAGUCAGACUAAUAAAAGCUCUGCAAAGUUAGGUCGUCUUAUAUAGAGCUGAAUAACUCUCCGUUAAAUUAAAACUAUUAAUAUUUGGAGACCAGGUUAAUUAUUUUAAAAACCGUGUUAAAAAAUAACCAAAGACUCCAUGUAAGGAUAAUAAAUACAGUUUCAGAGGAUCAAAUAUUUUCUUGAAACCAGCAGCGUCUCCACAUGAGGGGUUCACUUAUGGAAUAAUUGCAACGAAGAUAAUAAAAAUGCUCCAUCUAUUAAAACAUUCAAAGUAAUUAAAAAAAAGGGGGGAAAUCAAUAAAUGGACUCAACAAGGUUAAUUGAUUUGUAUUUCUUAAUAAAAAAUGUCUCUUUUUUUUACCAUAA